CGGUUUUCAUGGGCCGAAUGACGUCACCGUCUUUCGGCAUCUAAUGGCUGGACAGUCGUCAACGCGAAGUGAAGUUGCCUGUCAAAGUUCCCUGGAAACAAAACAAAUUCACCACAAAUAAGUACAUUUGGACUUGUGCUAUUUCAACUUUUGCUCACAAAUGUGGAGCUAGUGAUGGAUCCGCGAUAUGACAUCCCCCGGAGGUCUGGCGGCGGGAGCGCCUCAAACUCGUCGCCCGCUCUGGGGGCUCAGUCUCGCCGCAGGAAGAUGCCGCCCAGGCCCGCUGACUUUAAGCUUCAAAUCAUCAUUAUCGGCUCCCGCGGCGUGGGGAAAACCAGCCUCAUGGAGCGCUACACCGACGAUACUUUCAGCGAGGCCUGCAAGUCCACCGUAGGAGUUGAUUUUAAAAUCAAGACAGUGGAGCUGAGGGGGAAGAAGAUCCGACUACAGAUCUGGGACACAGCGGGCCAGGAGCGCUUCAACAGCAUCACGUCGGCGUACUACCGCGGUGCCAAGGGGAUUGUGCUGGUAUACGACAUCACCAAGCAGGAGACCUUUGACGACCUUCCCAAGUGGAUGAAGAUGAUUGACAAGUAUGCAUCUGAGGAGGCGGAGCUCCUCCUGGUGGGCAACAAGAUGGACUGCGAGAGCGAUCGAGUCAUCUCAAGACAACAAGGAGAGAGGUUUUCCUCUCGGAUAAGCGGCAUGCGUUUCUGUGAGACGAGUGCCAAGGACAACUGUAACGUGGACGAGAUCUUCCUUAAACUCGUGGAUGACAUUCUCAGCAAGAUGCCACUUGAGGUCCCCAACAAGGAGCUCUCGGGCAGCGUGCUGUCCCUGCAACCUGAACCCGAAGUGCCUCCGGAGUUGCCCCCGCCUCGCGUGCGCUGCUGCUGAAAGCCCCGCACCAAACCUAACCCAACCCAAAACCUGACAACGUCCUUCCGCUCACACGUGCAAUGUGCCAAACUGACCACGAGGGGGCAGCAGCGAUUUGGAACACCUGCAUCCCGGACUACCUCGCUCGCUGUGCAUCCUCAUACAUACGUGCCUUUGAGGUAGCCAGACCCCCCCACCACCAACACCCCCAUUUUAUUUAGAGCUCCUUCUCUUCCUAACUCUGCUUAUCCAAUACUAUUUUUUGUCAUUUUGACAAAAGCACACUUAUUAUAUAUGUUUUAAAAUGCUGUAGUAAUGGUUGAGAUGAUGUUUGUAUUACAAGGCCUGAAUGUUCAGGAAUGUGUUUGGGAAUGAAGCAGACAUGCAGAAAAUUGACGGUCAUGACAGAAACGGUUUUACAGUGAGGGACACGUGCACUGUGUUUUGGCACUAUGAUGGUGCACAUAAAAAAAGUCAAUGCACAUUGUAUUUCCAACUUUUAAAAUUAUUUUUACAUUCAGGGCCUUUUUAUCAUAAGACACCAAUUUCUGUGGCAAGGUUUCCUACAAGCGUUUGUCAACAUGCAUAUCAAAAUUGGGCCAGAUUUCAGCAUCUAUAUUUGAUCAAAGUCAAAUACAGGUCCAAUUGUCAGAUCAUUUGUCAUCCAAACCGAGUUGAGUCGAGUCACAUCUUGUGUGUGAUGUACUGUGUCUCAAGUACACCACGCACUGUAAGAGCAAAAAAAUACACUAGUUGAUUUUUUUUUUCUUUGUUUUAAAAAUAUCUUCAGAUGAAAAAAACGGUGCUUUAGCAAUGCGAGCUCACUACAAAAUGAUCCGUUUUAUAUCUGUUACCUUUAAGAACGCUUACAAGCAUUUUUUGCCACUAACCCUUAUACCGCUCUCUUGUACCAUUUCCUUUUUGCUCUUUUAAAUACGUUUUAGAGAUCUCCGAGAGAUUUGGGUUUCUCACUGCAAUCUGGAUUUGUUGCUGUUUAUACUUAUUGUGGCAUUUUUGGACUAAUGAAAUUAAAGAUGUCUAUAUUUAUUACCA